GUGACAUGCCGAUAGUGUCUGAGAGCCUUUUGGACGAAGUCACACAAUGCUAUGGAUUUAGUUCCGUUCUUUUCCUUUUUGUCCCAUGAUUUAAUUAUUCUGAAGACGACUGACUACAAUCAAUGCUGUGUUUACAGGGAAAACCUUCGUAAAUAUUAAGCUUUUUUGUGUUUUGGAAAAAAAAAAUGUUCUUAAUUGUUCUAGACUUUUUACCCAUAAAUAAUAUCUAUUUUUUACACUUUUGCGUUGGACCUUUUCCAUAAAAAAAAGAAAAAAAUCAGUCGUGGGCUUUUUCACAGGAAAAUGAUGUUCACAGACAUUAAGGCAACUAGGAUGCGCCGCGGUCAACUUUCCUCGUAGUUACCGGGUGUCCCGAUGCAGCGCGUGCAGUCAUGACAAGACUCAUUUCCUUGGUCGACCUGGUGAACCUGUCCAUCGGAACGCCAGAGGCAGGCUGGGUGAACUUCGGCGCCCUGCACACCCUGCUGCAUGCCCUUCUGAAGCACCUCAACCUCCAGGAUGCGACCGCGGAGCUGGCGGAGGCGCUGGAGGAGCACGAGCCCCCAGGGGGGCAGGGCGACCCCCCGCUGCAGCGCUGCCUCAAGGACGAGCCCAGAGGCUUCCUGCACAUAGAGGACAAGCUGCGGCACAUCGAGAGCCAGCUCACAGCGCUGGAGAGGCUGCCCAGCGGAGCGGAUCUGCUGGCUCGGAGCAGCUCGUCAUCCUCAGCGGUGAGCGACAUGUGGCAGCUGAUGCAGCUGCGCAGGAAGGUGGAGGCCUCCGAGGACGGGGUGUCUAAGUCUAUGGCUCUGAUCCAAGACCUAAUGAAGGAGAUUAGUGAACUGCAGGCGUCCACAAACAGUCUACAGGAUGAGGUCAGGACUCUACAGGAGCAGCUGUCCCAGCUGAACAUAAAUGAACAACUGGGCAAAAUUUCUUAUUUGGAGAAGUGCUGCCACCAAGUGGAGGGUCUACCGAAGGCGGUGGCUGAGUUGCAGGAGAAGGUCAGCCUCUACCCUGACCCAGGGGAGCUUUCCAAGUUUGUCACCUGGGAGGUCCUGCAGAAUACCCUGGUCAAUGAUGCUCACCGACCACAACAGGAUUCACAGGCACCCCGGGCCUCCUCACGGUCACCAGUGCUCUCUUGCACUGUACAUGGGGUGGACCUCUACCCAGAGACGGUGGACGCCUUGAGGGACGUGGGCCAGCUGAAUCUCAGACACACGUCCCUGGAGGGAAAGGUGGCACAGCUAGAGAAGGGAAAGGUUGAGCAGUCCCAGCUUCAGCAGCUGGAGGAUCACCUCAAAGACAUGGGUAUGAGCUACCACUCUAGCCAGGCCUGUCCUGAUGACACGCUUGAGAUGGUCCAAUGCUCUAAUCCACUGUCUGGUGAAGCACAGAGAGGGACAAAUACUGUCAGAAAAGAUAUACCUGAGAAUCUGCUGGAGCAGCUGAAUCAGCUGAAGGUUCGGGUGGACGGCCUAGUAGCAGAUAAGGCAAAGGACUCGGAGUUGAUGGGGGACGCGCGAGGGGUUGUUCUGCAACUGGAGGCGGCUUGUGAGAGACUCACCAACACCACCACCCACCUCCUGGAGGAGCAGAGCCGGAAGCAGGAGCACAUUGAUCAUCUAUAUAAGUCUGUGGAACAUCUGGAUGAGAAGAAGGCAGACAAAGACCUUGUGGAGAUGAAGAUUGACAUUAAAGCAGACAAGAGGGCCCUGGAGACAAAGGUAAGCCGCAUGCAGUUUGACACCGUGACGGAGCAGCUCAGUUCCAUGUUCCAGGAUCUCCUCAGCAAGGUCACUGGCCAGGAGCAUGACUGGCAUAAUGUGAUCGAGAAGAUCUCCGCUGAGAUGGAGAAAAAGUUGAAUCGCAUUGAGCUGGAUCCCCUGAAAAAGCAACUGGAGGACCGAUGGAAAGCUAUCCGCAAGCAGCUGCAGGCCCACCCGCUGUCCGUGGUGGACGAUGCUGCUGGUUUCAGAAAACAGCUGGUAGCACGAUUCCACUGUAUUUCCUGCGAUCGACCUCUGGACAUGAUGACCCCAGGACGGCAUCUUGUCACCGUACCCUCUGCCCCUGGCCUGCCACCUCACAAGUCCAACCGGCCGUACUCCUCAUACGACGUGGAGCAAGAGCGCCAGCACUUCCGAAGCGACCGAGUCUCAGAGAUGGCGGACUACAGCUUCCUACCUGUUCCUAGGAGCUGUGGCGGCAGCCACACUCUUACUCUAUCUACCCGGCGCUCCACCCGGCUCCAUCACCUUGGUGAGAAACAGUCCCUGUUUGGACCUACAAGCCAGGACGAGGAGGUUGACAUCAUUGGCCUGGAUGGGCAAAUCUACAAGGGUCGGGUGAAUUCAAGAGCACUCAAGAAUAUGGAGUCGUUGCAGCCUUCCUUCAUCUCUAAAGAAGGGUCUCGCAGAAUUCGAGAAAAACUGACCCAACCGCGGAAACAAAAUGACCUCCUUGCUAAGGGGAGGCCUGGGACUCGGGCUCGACCACAGAGUGCAAGGACACCGUGCAGCCAGUCAGCCAUAUUCUGCGCUGCCCAAGAACGCCCUGUAUCCUCCAUGGCUCGACUGUCCCAUGACACUGUCUCACAGCCCUCAUCGCAAGUGGGUACCGUUAAUGAGGUUCAGCAGAGACUGGAAAUCCAUCUGCCAGUCAACGGGGGAGGAGAAACUGGAGAAAAAAGCUCUUAAUUCACAACUUUCAAGACUUCUAUAUCUCUGAAUAAUACUUUAAUGUGUAUAUAUAGACUGCAAAAUGUAUAAACCUUCAACAAUAUUUUUACAUUUCACAUUGGCAAAAAACUUGACAAACUUUGUAAGGGACAGGUAGGGUUUAGUUGUUUUGCUGUGUUUGUAACUGCAGGGCAGUAUGACUCACUGAAGUUAAAUUCAAAAUCAAUAUACCCUGCAGUUCCAAGGAGCAGAAAUGCUCACACAAUAUUAUGUGAUCGAGACUCAGUCAAUUUAAAUCAGGAAGGGAUGUUUAAAACAACACUCAGUUGGUUAGUCUCACUGUUAGUCUGCUCAGAAACAUGCAUGUUUCUAGCACUUGGUUUGUAUUUUAUAUCACUCUUUCUGUAGGAAUUGCAGGAAUCAUCAGUUCAGGUGCUGAAAAAUUUCCAUCCAAAGAAACAUGUAGGCUCCCUUGAUAUGUCAGCAUGCAUAACAGUUUUGCUUUAAUUCAUGUGUUUUUAUCUUGUUUUACUGGCAUGUGUAGUAGUAGUAAACCAAUAGCAGAAAAAAUUAUAGAAAUAUUCCAACAAACCGACUUAGUCAUUUAGCCACACCAGAGAAUUAACAAGAGUGAUAAAGUUAUUUUUUCUUCUCACCAGCACACUAUAGUCAUUAUGACACAUCAGCUUAUGUUUGCAACACAUCCCUUGAAAUGGAAAAUAUUCUGAUAGUUCAUGGCCUUAUCAUGAGGGAGUGAAACACUCCAGAUUCUGCUAUACAGUGAAUAUAGUCAGUUAAAAGGUGUUGUUGAAAACAACAAAUUGUAUAUAUUUAUACAUCUUUACAAAAAUAUAUUCUGUUUCUUAAUCAUUGUUUAUAAAUAAAGGAAAAUGUCAAAAUGCAGGGAAAAUGUAAAUGGACAGUUUCAAUAGAAAGGGCAGCUGUGGACAUCUGGAAGAUGCCUGUAAAAGUCUGGAAUAUGAUAGUUAAAGGUAAUCAAGAAGGGCAGCACAGUGUUGUGGAGAAUAAUACUGCUGUCGCACAGUUCAGUGUUGCAUGGAAUUUGCAUGUUCUUCCUGUGUUCAUGCGGGUCUAUUCCCGCAGUCCAAACAUGUGUUUUAGGUGUGUACUGCUGACUAGAUUGCCUCUCGUUUGUGUGUGUCUGUGUGUGUGUGUGGCUGCACUUCAGCAAGGGACUGGCGUCCUGUGCGGGGUGUACACCGACUAGCCUGUGCUUCAAGGAUAGGCUCUGGACCACCAUGACCCUGACCUGCUUAGUAAUGAGAUAUUGAUGGAUAUGUACAUAACCUAUCAUAGAAGCACUACAGAUUGGAGGCAACAAUCAUUAUUCACUGAGUCACAAGCAAUUAUGUGUUAGAAGUCAAUGUUUGGUGUUGCAUACAAAAGUUGCACUGGUUUGCAAACUGGUUUGCUAAAGGUAAUGAUUUAUAAGUUCUUAGAAGUCAAAAUAAGUUAUUACAUUCCUUCUAACAUCCCUCCGGUAAAACUUUAAAGGACCACAUUUCAGUGAACAAAAUGUACUGUAAGCUGGCACAAGAUAUAAGAUAUGAACUUCAGAUUUCAGUGUUGGUAUUCACAUUUUUCUCCUCUUGUUAGAAUUGUUCCAGUCUUUCCUGUUUUGGACUCAACUCAUUUGCCACACAAGCAUGGCUGCUAUGAACAGGGUUAAUGCGGAGACCCAGCUUCCUUCCUCUGGGGGACUUCGUUAAGUGGUGUCAGACAUAGGCAUACUGUAUUUUUAAAAUUAGAAACCUUUUCUGUGACACAGAUAUGCAGAAAAUAUG